AUGGAAAUGGCUUUGAGAAAGCUGAUUGGUGAUGCAAUUACUAGUGCAACUGAUAGUCUUGAUAAGAGGGAAAAGGAACUCAAUUGCCCUGAUAAAACUUCUAUUGAGCAUUAUAACAAGCAUUGUAGUGACUUGAAGCAGAAAAUUGAUGAAGCCAAAGCAUCUGGAAUUGAUGAUAAAAUAUCUAAGGCUAAAUCCAAGUAUGAUAACCAUUAUAAUGGCGUUCAUUACCUUAUUGAGGAUGCGAGAAAAGGAGCCUUAGGGGACAUUGAGGAGAGGCAGAAGACUCUUAGUAAGCUCAAACAAGAUCUUGAGAAAUUUAUUGGCAAGGAAGAUAAGGUUAAUCCUGCAACAGAAAUUCUUAAAAAUCUCACUGACGGUUUACAAAAGUUCCUUGGAUACCAAGAAACUUCCAAAGGCUACGAUGGCUCCGGCAUCGUGUACUCGGACCUUGACAGGCUGUGCGACGGGGUGAUGUCUUUCCUUCAUGGUGUUUUACAUAACAUUCAGCCUAAAUUAGGCCACCAUAAUGGUCUUAUAACUAAUGCAAUUGACUCACUUAAGGACACAAAUCUUAAUGGUUUUACUAAAUACAAGGCGGCGAUAGCCGCGGUGGCCAGUGGUGUACGUGCGUAUAAUGAGAAGGUGGCAGCGUCGAAUGAGAGUGUGAAAAGUGUUAUCACUUCACUUCAAGAUUACACGAAGAAUCAAGGAGGUAAGUUAAUUAAUGAUCUUAAUGGCGUGCAGGUUGAGAAGAUUGCGGAAGACAACGAGGCUGCACAAGUUGAGAAGUUCUACGGCGCCGUGAAGGAGUCACUCGAGGAAUGUCAGCAGGAAGCUGAGACGUUUUCACAGUCACUUGAUAGGCAAACAGAUAACAUUGAUGAUCUUAAUUCACUUUUGAAAUUGAGCGUGAAUAAUGUUCAUGAGUGCGUGAAGCAUGAGACUAAGCGUCUCAACGAGUUGGCGGAGCAGCAAAGUGAGGACUUUAAGAGCAUGGAGAAAAAGACCAGUGAGACGUUGGAAGCGAUAAGGUGUAACAUAAACGACAAGAUUAGCAUCGAUGUGAAGGCUUUCUUCGAAAAGCUGAAGGAAUACGUUCAGAAGAUUUGGGAUGAGCUGAAGAAAAUUAGCGCCAAUCUGGCGCAGUGUCUUAUAGACUUGCAAUCGUGGAUGGAGAGCGCUAAGAAAGAUAUUGAGAAGAUAAGGGAGAAAGAUGUUAAGAAGAUACUGGACGAGACGACGGACGGCGUAACAGGUAAGAUGAAUUUCAUUGACGAUCAAAGAAAGGAGUUGUUGAAGUGGAGAGAAAAGCUUGACGGUUAUACUUCGCAGUUUACGACGUUGAGUAGGGAGGUUAACGAGGCGAUCGGCGUGCUUGGCAGUAAGUUUACUGAUGGCGUUAGCAGCGGCGGCAGCGCACCGCCGGACAAUAUCGAGAAGAUUAUGAACUAUAUUAAAGGGAAGGUGGAUAAAAUUAAGGGGCAUGUGGGUGAGUCAAGAAAAGAACUUGGGCCAGCGGAUGCAAGUAUACAACAGAAUUGGGAUGCAUUGAAAAAGACGAUUGGAGAUUAUGUUAACAAGAUUAAGGGUACUGGAGGUUCAGGUGUAGUUCAGGAUGGUCAAGGUGUAAAGCAGAUUAAGGAGGGGAUUAAGAAGUAUGCCAGUGGGUUUGCCGAUCAUGCUUUUGAGAAACAAAUUGUGACCGAAUGGCUCAAAGAGAUAGUUAACACCGAGGAGAGCUUUGUGAGUAGCAAAAUAACUCAGUAUGCGUUUCUCAACAGAACAAAGCUGACUGGUAGUGGUGAUUCUGGAAGGGCUAAGACGGUACGAAAUGCCAUUAUAUCUGCGCUUCCAGUUUACGUAGAAGCCCUUAUUCAGGAAGCGGCCGAGGUGCUGGAAGGUGCAACUGUUGGUGAUAUCGCUAAUAAAUUUAGAGAUUUCGCAUUACAGAUUGAGGAAAAACUGAAGGACCCAGACGAUGACAGUAGAGUUGAUGGGCCAGUCAAGCUUAUUGAACUACAGUUACAGAGCACCAACCCUACGAUCCCUACUACCGGCCAAGAUGCAAACCUGAAGUCCGUCGUCCAAGCUAUUGCAAAAUCCAUAGUGAACAAUUUUAAGCACAUUGCCAACGAACUCCAGCGCUUCGCCAAAGACUCCCACAUCGACUACCUCACGGAAAUAGACUCCAACGCCGGCAACAUCAACAAGCAAUUUGAACCCGGAGAUUCAAGCUACGGUGGUAAAAUCGACACGGCGCUGCAGCAGGUGCAUACAGAAAUCGGCCAGCUGCACCAUCAGCUUGAACAGGCUUUUGAGAGCAGCGCCGUCGCCUCCCGCGAUCCUAGCAUCGCCGGCCAUGUCGACCAGGCCAUCGGGAAACUGAAAGACACCGCCACGGAACUAUCCGCCAACGCAAUCCCGCAGAAGCUGGAAGACGUUGCGCAAAAAAUCAAAGACCAUCUCAGCGUCCUCACUCGCGAAAUCACAGAGGCCGCCAACGUGGUGAACGCGAAAUUGGAGAACUUUAUGGAUCUAAAAAUCGGCAAGCCUAAAAUAGGAAAGCCCGCUGAUGCAGGCACUCUGCAGAAAAUUCGCGAUGACCUCACCGAGCUUCAGAGCAGUCUUCUGAAGGGGCCCAUGAAGGAGGCGGAGAAAUUUGUGUUAAACGCCGGCCUCUUACGUGAUCAAUACAUCAAGGGAAUUCAAGAGCGCGUCGACUCCCAAGUGAAAGAGGCCACCGAAAAGAUAACCACGCAGGCAAAGAAGCAGUACGUCAACUCUGUUAAGGGCCUGCUGACCCGCUUUGCCGAAAAGGUCUACGGUGAGGUAAGAAAUCUUCCGGAGCAAAUUUCCAACGACUUGAAAAUAGGCCACAAAGGAUUCAUGAAGAAGAUGGAAGAUAAAUUUAUCAAGGCAGCUAGAAGAAUUUCCAGCAUUUCGCCAACGCAAUCUCCCAAUCCCGUACCAGAAGGGAAAUCCAGGAGACCAAAGUCGCCGCUAAGCGAGGCGGCCACCACAUUAAAUACCGCUCUGCGAUCUUUCUUCGACGACCUGCAAAAGCAGGACGACUUCAUGUCCGACCACGAUAAAGUUGCGCCUUCCAAAGACGCUCUGACAAAAAUUCUUAAUGGCCUUAUGCGUUCACGACAGUUUGACAAUAACUUUAGCAAUAACCUAGUAACAUUUAAAAACAGACUCACUGAAUUUAGCCCCAAAGCAUACGGCGAGGGGAAGUAUCCUUAUAUUCUCGAGUCGUUUAAAAAAGGCUUCGCGGCAUUGUUCACGGAGCUCGAAAAGGCCUACGUAAACGUCUACGACGGGCAUCCUAAGCAAAUAAAUUUAAGUAAAUUGUUGCAAGAUAAACCACAAAAGGAACCGUCCACACCAGCUGAGCAAGUGCUCACCCCGGACGGUGAGAAUAUGUCCAAGGUGUUCUUGUCCAUCCUGGAGAUCAUCAGUGAGGACCUGACGUAUUUGAAAACACAAUGCCUUUCCGAAUGGUAUGCGCGUCGGAUCCAUUCCGGUAGCAGUCUCGGUACGUUCUUGCAAACGUGCGGCUACCGUGUGGUCACAAACCGUGACUCCCAAAAUGGCGAGCUGCAGUACAAGAACAGCAUGAAGGGUGAGCAUAUUUAUGGACGGCUCGUCGGCAAUUUCCCUUGUCUUUUCGCCACGGAUAAAGAUGCUAAACGUGCAUUCGAAACUGUUUACGAAUAUCUCCAAGCGUAUUACGCUGUGUGUCACCUAUCCACUUCCUUCUCCAAGAAGCGUCCGUGUUCCAUUUACGAUAUGCUUGCCUGGUGUACCAGUCUGCUACAUAACCCAGUGUAUAUCGAUUUAACAACGAAUGAUUUCAGUCACCUGUUCGACAAGCCGAAGAAAAAGGAAGCGGACAGCAUUGACUUCGAUGGCAUAUCCCUUGAAGAGCCAAGCAGCCUAUCGUUAGCGGCGUAUCCACAAAAGAUCGCGCAGAGUGAUAUACAUCUUGCAAUAAUACAUGUCACGUCCCUUGCUCCCGUGAUCCUGACUACCAUAGUAGGUUACGGCGACGAGUUCACCACGUACGCUGUUGACUACCGCAGCAACGCCCUUAACUUCACGUUCCCCUCAUCGGCCGGGGAGUGCCUCAAUAUGUUGCUUGAAUUGCUUCGUAGAAUGUUCCCUGUAUUUAGAUUUUUGCAUCAUCAGUGUACCAAUUUGGUGUCCGAGCAAGGCUGGUACAGCUGCAAGUACGGCAAAGAUGUCAAGUCAGCCAAGUGGCCGUGUAGUGACCACUCAAAUAGCAAACCAAAUUGCCAGCCUACGUGCCAGGCAAACACAGAACCAAAUUGCCAACCUAGAUCACCAUUAAUGAGUUACCUAAAUGACUGUCUUCCCGGCCACCUACCGCACCAGGUCAGCGCUAUCGGCUGCAAAGCGGUAUGUGCCACCUGCCCCAAAUCCACGCCUGGGCAGCCGUGUUUGACACCACUCGGCUUUAGAGGUUUCUCAGGAAGCACAAAGACAGGAAAAGACCUAUGCAAAGUGCUGACCAAAUUCUUUGGUAACGGUGUAGCUUCACCCCUGCUCUCCGUUGCACCCAAACCGCCGAGCAACCUAGCAGAGCACUUCCAAUUUGCAUUGUCAUUUGUGAAAGGCUGGUCGCAUAAUGGCGGUAACGGACUCAAAACAGUUAUCGAAAAUUCCGCCAAAAGUGUGUCCAUUGAUCUAUAUAACGAACCAUCAAAACUCACAGACGCACUUCGUGAUGCGUAUCGUAAUGCCCAUGGUAAACAUGGCGACAAGGAUCAUCUUACUGCGUACGCUGACGUGUCUAGUCUAGCGAUGGCACCAGCGUGUAAUGAUGCCGUCGGAAACGCAUUGUGCGCUCCAUAUGUUGCAUCACUCUGCAGCGACACAUAUGCUUACUUUGCUGAGAAGCAUGCCAACACAUACCUCUCCUGGGCCAUCUACCUUCCAUGGACAUUCUGGGAUCUACUCAACAAUUUAUAUGAUUCCUUCUGCUCUAUUACUUGUGCAGACUGGGGAUGCCGUGGAUGUCUCAGAGGGGACAAGUGCAAGAGUGGCAAGCAUGGCGUCGUUGAGGAUGAGAAGAAACCAGAUGACGUCUGUCAGUGUGAUUCCAUAGUAUCCUGCAGAGGCGUGGCACCGACGCUCUACCAGUAUGGAUUCAGCUUCGGCGAGGCGUCGACGUUGAAUGAUGAGGAUGCUAGAAAAGGAGCCUUGGAGGAUAUUGAUGCCCGCCGUAUCUCUCUUGGUCAGCUCGCUGGUCAGCUUUCAGGUUUAAUUGGUGGGAGUGAAGAUGUAAAAAAUGCAAUUUUGAAUGGUUUGCACAGCAAUGUAAAUGAGCUUGUUAGGCUUUUAGGAACGUCUUGCGGAGAUAAGGGGUGUAAUGAUCAUCGUGAUCAAAUUAACACUCUUAAUGAGAAGCUUAAUAAACUUAAAAAUAAGCUUAAAGAUGAUCAAAAUACUCCUGUAAAUCUUACUGUAAUCCUUUCUAAGUGCAAGUUAAAUGGUCUUGAUGGUCCCUUAAAAGAGCUUAAAGAUGCAAUUACUGAGAAAAUUGAGAAGCUUAAUAAAGAUAUUGAGAGCCUUAAAAAAGCAGAUAAAGAUGCUAAACAACGCAAUGAAACUCCUCAAAAUGCCUCUGAAAUUGACAAGCUUAAUAAGGAUCUGCAGUCUCAUGAAGCCUCCAAGAAGUCUCUUGAUACACUGAAUGAGCUUUGUGGAUAUGCUGAUAAAAUUGACAGUAAUAAUGAAAAUCCUAAAAAGCUUUUAGAAAACCUUUGCACAGGCCUCGAAAAAUUUCUCGGCCACAGUAAUGGUAAUUACACCGGCACCGGCAUCGUGUACUCGGACCUUGACAGGCUGUGUGACGGGGUGAUGUCUUUCCUUCAUGGUGUUCUCAGUGGAGUGAAAAAUGAUGAAAACGUCACAACUUAUGAUAAUAUGCUUGAUUCAGGUAGUAGACUUGAUAAUGUUCUCUCCACUUUACGAUCUAAAAUUGGCUCCGGGCGUGUUGGGCUUUCGGAGUCUGUCACCAAGGUGAAGGAGUGGUUGGGGAAUUAUAAUGAGGAAGUUGGCAGGAAGACUGGAGCAGUGAAGAACAAAUUAGGUGAGUUGAUUACUAAAUUAUCAUCUGGUGCAGGUGACGGGAAUUACUACAAGGAAAUUGCGGGACGAUCGGGACAGGAACUCAAGAAGCAGCUGGAGGGGUGGCAAUCGACGAUUGGCAAGAUUCAGCACACUGUAGACACUAUAGAACUAAAACUUAACGACUUAGAUCUUAAUCUUAGACAUAAAGUACGUAGUGAAAUGAAUGAUAUUGGUGGUGCAGUUAGAACGCUGAAUGAGAGUGCGUGGGACGAUGCGUUUGGGAGGCAGGUGCAGGAGGUGGACAGGGAAUUGAGUGCGCAGACGGCAAGAGUGGAGCAGCAAAUUGUUGAGAAUUAUGAGUAUCUGCGAAAUAUGUUAGAGAGUGAGUAUCAGGGAACUUUUAGAAAUAUCAGAUGUCUUAAUGAUAUGCAGAGCAGCCAAUUUGGGCGUAUCACGUCGAUGUUGCAGGAGACUCAAGAAUAUCUAGCGAAGUUUGACGGCAAUUAUAAAGACAUGAUACUUGGUGCGUUUGACGAUAUAAAGAGAGAAGUUGCCAAUGUUUACAACACUCUAAAUGAUGAGAAGGUGCGGCUUGCCGGUCUGGUCAGUACAAUGCAGAAGACACUGGAGACACUGUCUACAACUUUUGCAACUAGUGUGAAAGGGGGCAUAAAAUGCGAUUUGGAGAGUUUGAGAGGAAGAAUUAAUGGGCUUACAAAUGGUAUGGACAAAGCGCCCCAAAAGAAUAUUCUUGUUCAAUGUGCGUUGUCGGAGCUUGGCACGGCUUUGGCUGCGCUUCAAAAGGUUACUGGUCCGAUUAGCGAGACGUCCAAGAAACUUGGAAGUACGUGCGCUGCAUUUCAAGACCAGAUGGCUAGUGUAAUCCAAGGUGUGGAAAUUAUUCAGUCAGUAAAUAUAUCUGGGAAGUUAUCAAAAUCUGUCAUUGAACUAAGUAAGCAUCAGAAGACGUUAGAACAGAUUAAAGGAAUUACUAAGGUUAAAACGUCGAUAAAUAAUGAUAUUGCAGGGCUUGUAAAUGAAUUGAAUGAUGGGGUUAAUACUAUUACACAAUUGUACACUUAUCUAAAGACUGCAAGUUAUGCCAUGGCAUCGAACGUUAAAGAUGCAGUCGACAAAGCAGGCGGUGCAAUCAACAAACUCGGCGAACAACUUAAGACGGCGGUGCAACAGGCGCACGAAGUGGUAAAGGAUGCAGCAGAUCUAGAGACCGUCCGAAGAGCUGAAUCGAAGCUUUUGAAAUUUCAAAAGCUAAAAGAAACCCUAUACGGCAAAAAGAAGUUGCCCGAGUCGCCUGAAAUCGGUUCUCUAAUGCAGCUUUUCACUCAAUUGACCGCUGAUAUUGCUGGAAAUGGCGCCAGCUCACACAUCGCUCUUGACGCCGCCGUUAACGCCUUCCACUCUAACGCCACAGGUCGUAUCAGAGGAGCCGCCCAAACAGCAAUUUCGCAGGCGUUUGUUAAGGUGACGGAGGACAUCGCACUCUUCGAGAAGAACGGAGAAGGAACAAACCAGGUCAAAACCGUUUUGCGUGAUUUAAAAAGCCAAUUCGCAACACUUGGCACGUACAUAACGCGGGACCAACAUGGGUCAAUUGACCAGAAAAUUAAAAAAAUUGAAACCCACUUCACUGAGCUUAAUGGCAUUUCAAAGGAGGAACCGGAUGGUGUAAUCAACCAGAGGAGGAAGAGGGCGGAGGAGCUUAUGAAUGAGCUGAAAGAUGAAAUCCAGAAUAAAAUUCGUUCCACUUUGCAAGCAGUAGUUGACACAGAUUUGCAUCUUCGAAAUGCCAUUGAUACCGUUUACGAAGCUCUCCUGUCAGCGCGUAAAAAUAGCAAUAUAGCCUUAGAAACUCUAAAAAACAAUCUUCUCGCCAUAUCUGCUGACGCCUUCAGAAUAGUGAAGGAAGAGGUCCGCUCCCUCUUCACCCACCAAAAACUCGCCGACCUCUCCGCGCUGCACAAACUAGCCGAACGCCAGGCCAAAAAGAUCAAAAGUAUAAUUGACACCGAUGUAACAAACGGCGUCAAAGGUUUACUAAAUCACAUGGGAACAUGGUUACCGCACAAUAAAUCACCUGUCAUCUUCAAAAAUCUAACAUACUUUAGCGAUGUCGCCGUGGAUUCCAAGUAUCUCCUAGAUGCCCUCCUCUCCUACACCACCGAUCAGGUCAAGACGCCGAGCAAGGCGAAGAAGGGAGAGAAAGAAAAUAGCGAGGAGUCCAAGAAAGUUCAAGAAAUCCAGGCAACAGUAAACAAAUUACUCUCCCACCUCUCUGCAUCUGACAAACUAUACAACUUCGACUAUGCAUUCCAACAAAAACUCUCCGCACUCACCGACGCUGUUACCAACCUGUCCGCCACAAAAUUCGCCGGCCACCAGAAUCCCGAAUUGCUCGACGCGCUGAAAAAAGGGAUGCUUGGCGUUACCGGCGAGUUGAACCACGCGUACGUUAAUAGGUAUGAUAGUCAGAAAUUCACGGAAAACUUAAUCGACGCUAAAUAUGAAUUAACCCCCUCAAAUAAUACCACAAUCAUAACGCUGACGGAGUACGGUGAGAAAUGUUCUAAAGUCUUCCUCACCAUCUUAAACAUUGCUCAAGACGCUCUAUGUAGGCUGCAUUACAAGUGUGAAGAUGACUGGCAGGGCAAAUUAAUAUGUGAAAUGAAUGGCCACGACGAGAAUCCACUCGGCAACUUUCUACAGCGUUGUGGUUUCGACGUCGCCAAAAAUGAGGACUCUAAGGACGGCGAGUUGAAAUUACCGAUGAAUAAUUUCAGUGGUCAGAAUAUUCAUCAGCUGCUUAAUGAGACAAUUAACGGCGCACAAAAUAAUAUACAUCUAACAACAUGUAAAUCACCUAAAACAAACUUUAAUGUCUUUGACAUCUUCGAUUGCCUCAUAACUCACCUUAACCAAUAUAACCAAGUAGGCCACAUAGCUACAUUCACCGCCAGUAGGACACCCUGCAGCAUUUUCGACAUGCUGUGUUGGCUGUCCGGACUUCCGCACAACGCGGUGUUCCAGAAACUCACAGCACACUGUAACGCAUACGACACAAAAGGUGACACCGAUUUACGGAAACGUUUGUUAGAUGCCGUUGCAUAUAGUUUUCCCAACAUCGGCAAGUAUUCACAUAAUAUGUUGACCACCAUUGUUGGCACUGGAAACGCCGAUACCAUAUAUGGCUCUGACCUCGCUAACAACUCUCUUAAAUUUAAAUACCCUGCUUCAGCCGAGGAAUGUCUGUCCACUCUUCUAGACAUAUUGCGUAGAUUGUUGCCGGUAUGUAGAUUCUUGUAUAAACAAUGUGGAGUCCGUCCAUCUCAUUUCGGUUGGCGUGAUUGUCAGUACGGCAAGAAUAUUCCCACCGCCAAGUGGCCGUGUACCGACCAUUCAACUGACAAAGCAAAUAGCCAACCAACGACUAAACCAACGUGCCAACCAAAAUGCCAACCAACGUGCCAACCAAAUUGCCAACCAACCUCGCCUUUAAUGUCCUAUCUAAAUGACUGUUUACCUGGCCACUUACCUCAUCAGUUAAUGAGUGUUGGAUGUAAGUCGGUAUGCUCCACCUGCCCUUCCACUUCCAGGAAUGGUAUGCCAUGUUUGACACCAUUAGGCUUUAGAGCCUUUUCUGGGUCAACGAAAACUGGUAAAGACCUAUGCGAAAUUAUAAAGAAAUUCUUCGCCAACGUGAAUCUUUCAUCCAUCUUUUGCCUGGGCCCCAAACCUCCAGUUACCCUCCCAGAGCACUUUGGUUUUGCCAUGUCGCUUGUUGGCCAAUGGGCUGAUACUUCUAGGUAUGGCGUACAGAGUCUCAAAGCUGUAAUUGAAUCCACAAUCACCGAUAAAUCCAUUGCACUUUAUGAUCCGCCGACAGAGCUUAUGAACGCUCUCACCAACGCUUAUGGGCAUGGCGUAGAAGGCCAUACCAAUUGCGAUGACACGCACAUCACUAGUCUCACAUCGUCUGGUACGUGCAACAGCAAAAACUCUCACAGUGCUCCCUAUCUAUCGCCUCUUUGCUCCGAUGUAUAUAAGUACCUUGCCAACAAAAAUGCUGCUCUGUAUCUGUCGUGGAUUGCAUAUCUCCCAUGGGCAUUUCAACAAUACCUCGAAUGUUUGCUUGAUGCUUUCAAGAACAUCUUCUGCCACGAAUGGGGGUGCCACGUGUGUUUCUAUAACGAUAAGUGCAAAAAAGGAAAGCACGGUGAAUCGGAACAUCCGUGUCAAUGCAGUUCCCUAGUGAAAUGCAAGGGUGUUGCACCAACUCUAUAUAGUUACGGAUUCACAUUUAACGAUGUGCUUUCAUUGAACGCAUCGAAGUUUGCAACAACAUGUUCCGAUUUCCAACAGCAGUUGAGUAAAGUAACAAAAUCCAACUAUUUCACAGAGCUAUUUAAACAGUGUGAUGAACUACUCUGGAAAAUCAGGGAGCCAUUCUCCCUGACAUUGUUAGCCCUCUGGUCGCUGUCGCUCCUGUACCUGCUGCACAUCGCCGUCGUCCGCCUCGACGUGCUGAGGAUACGCUCCCACCUGAGGUCACCCUCAAGCCACCGCAUCGCCGCACAGUCCCUCCUCGCCGCCGCACGCGUCAAGGCACUCGCCAACGUCAAGUACUUCUCACCAUAA